AACACGACUCAGUGCCUCUUGGACCACCAUUAGGGUAGGGUGUACGCGUAUCUCUCCCGCACCCAGACCGGUAAAACGCAGAAGGAGGAGAAAUUAAGGGUAAAAAUGAAUGAGGACGACCCUCAGAAGCUAAAGGAGGUGGCGGACGAUGCGGGGCACGCGUACGGGGAGUGGUUUAAGAGAUACAUGAAUAUUUUCACCAGAAGAUUUGCAGAAUGGAUGCUCGUUUUUCUAUUUGGGUAUUACAAUUUGAGCUUCGGAUGGCUUAUGGCGCCUCUGUUCUUCCUCGUGCUGCGUGACAAGCGAGCCAAGGAGAAGAAGGUGAAGUUUGAUAUCAUCCGCUCCAUCGCCAAUGCAGACGAGAAGGAUAUUUUGCAGGAAAUACAACGUUUUGCCAACCUUCCUUCCUGGGUGACCUUCCCAGAUAUGGAGAGAGUGGAAUGGUUGAAUAAAAUCGUGCGUCAACUGUGGCCCUACGCCGGCCACUACGUCCAUGACCUGUGCAAGUUCUCCAUUGAGCCCAGCAUCCGCACGGCCCUUGAGGAAUACAAGCUUAAUGGCUUCAAGUUUGAGAAGAUCAUUCUGGGCGACACUCCCUUCAGGCUCUCUGGGGUGAAGGUCUACGAUGACACCUCACGCCACGAGAUUAUCAUGGACAUGGACUUUGCGUACGCUGGAGACUGCAAGUUUGAAGUCAGUGUUUCCAAGUUCAAGAUGGGCAUUAAAGAUUUGCAGAUCUCCGGCAGAAUGCGAGUAGUAAUGAAACCGCUGGUGAGGCAGAUUCCGCUAGUUGGAGGCCUGCAGGUGUUCUUCCUCAACAACCCAGACGUCGACUUCAACCUCAUCGGACUGGCGGAUGUGUUUGAUAUGCCUGGAUUGAGCGACAUUCUCCGCAGCAUCGUGACAGAGCAGAUCGCCCACAUGAUGGUGCUUCCCAACCGCUACCCGAUUCAGCUGGUAGAGGACAUCAACAUUGCCGAGCUGAAAUGCCCUGCCCCUGCUGGUGUUCUGCGUAUCCAAGUCAUUGAAGCCAAGAACCUCAUGAAGAAGGACGUGGGACUGAUGGGGAUGGGCAAGUCAGACCCAUACUGCAUCCUACGACUUGGGGCUCAGAAAUUCCAGACCAAGACCAUCAACAACACCAUCAACCCCAAGUGGGACUAUGCCUGUGAGGCACUCGCCAAUGUGAUUCGAAGGCAGCGGGUGACAAUAGAGUGCUGGGAUUAUGACUAUAGUCCCCUCAAGUCUUAUGAAAACGAUGACUUUCUGGGAAGGGCCAAUCUAGACGUGCAUGACAUCUGGCAGAGCGGUGAAGUGGACAUGUGGGUGCCCCUCUCUGAUGCCAAGUCGGGGAGAAUCCAUGUGAGGGCAUCCUGGCUCGAGCUGGACCAGGUGGCAGACUCCUUGGAGCCUCAACUGGAGGAGAUCCGUGCCCUGCAGACCACCACCAAGAACCCUCUCCACAGCGCUGUGCUCCUGGUGUGGAUCGACUCAGCAAAGAAACUCAAUACUUUCAAACACACAGUGGCGACAAACAUUCCUGACCCCUUCGUGCGCCUCCAUGUGGGCAACAGCCAGCAGGAGACCGUGGUGAAGCAGCGUACUAAUGACCCAGUGUUUGAGGAGGGCUUCACCUUCCUGGUACGCAACCCUCGCACUCAGGAACUCAAGGUGGAGGUUGUGGACAACAAGACAGCCACGGUGCAAGGCAAGAUCGAGCUAGAUCUGAAGGUGCUGCUCAAGGAACGCAACCUGGAGAUUAUGAAUGAAGAGUACUCCCUCAGUGGUGCCUCAGGGGGCCUCGCCUCCCUCAAGAUGAACCUCUCCCUCAGGGUCCUCAAGACGGUGCAGAAACGCGAUGAUGGCGACGGCGGCCCAAAGGAGAUUGGUGAGGCAAACCAGAUCCCCCCCUCUGACCCCUCCACUGCCACCGAACCCACCACCACACCACCCACCACCACCACCACUACCACUACCACAAGUACUCCCACACCCCAGACUGAACCUACACCCCAGCCCCCUCCCCAGCCCCAGCCAGCUCCUGCCCCGCCCACAGAGACCCCAGCCUCCCCCGACGCCUCCCCCGACUCCUGCCCCGCCCCAGUUAAGGCCACGGAUGAGGUGGCAGUGGAGGGAGAGGAGACCACAGCAGAGGGGGAGCCACAGAAUGGGGCAAAGGAGGAGGUGGUGACCGUGGCAACCUCCCUCCCCACCCAGGCUGCUGCUCCUGGCUCAGCUGAGGAGGGUGACACAGCAGUCAGGCAGAGGUUACCGGAGAAGGGUGUGCAUGGCUUGGGCCGCAUUGAGCUGACGGUGAAGUACGGACCUCGCAACAACUUGAUCAUUGUGGUCCACCGUGUCCUGAACCUGCCAGUGGAGGACGACGGGGAGCUGCCAGACCCUUACGUGAAGCUGUACCUCCUCCCAGACCACAGCAAGGACAGCAAGCGCAAGACAGACGUGAUCAAGGACAGCUGCAACCCACAGUACGAUGAGAGGUUUGAGUACCCCCUGCCGCCCAAUGAACUCACCAAGCGCACACUGGAGGUCACUGUCAUCAAUAAGAAGGGCAUCCUCUUCCUCCAGCGCUCGCCCAAGAUGGGACAGGUACUUCUGGACUGUGGGUUGCUGGAUGCCUCAAAGCCCACACAAUUAUACGACCUGUGUCCCCCAUGUGACGAUGAGGACGAGUGAGGGCGGAGAGGUGUGCUGGGACGCGUGGCCAGCUGGCGGGGCAGCCUGAGGCGCCUGAGCAGACUGGCCAAGACCACCAAGAGGAAGGUGUGAGGUGCAACAACCCUGACCACUUAUAUAGCUACUGCUGCUGCUGCUAUUGCUUCUAGGGAGGGAGGGAGGGAGGGAGGGUGUUGGUGGAAUAACGAGUGAGAAGGUUUGUGGUGAUUUGAGAGAAGGUGUUGGUGAUAAAAUGUUACUUGGGCUGGUGUUUUGAGGGAAUGUGUCUUUGAAAGGAAGGUACUUGGGAAAAUAGUUUUUUGACAGAAUGGGUUACUUGAAAAAGAUGAUGUUCUGAAGGAAUGUCUACGAAAAAACGGUCGCGUUACUUGUGAAAAAUAUUACGUCUUGAAGGAAUGUGUCUGAGAGGAAAAGUGCUUGGGAAAAUACUUUGAGGGAAUGCAUGACUGAAAACAAAGUGGUAUUAGGGUCAAAAAGGCAUAAAUUAAGUGUCCAUUGCCUUGGUGUAUCAUAAAAAGUGAGUGUGACGAGUGUGCGGGGUUGUGGGUUUGUUUGUUGUUUUGUCAGUCCUGGUGGUGGUGGUGGUGGUGGUGUGUUUUGGGGACAUUCUAUACAAGUUUCUACCAAGAUAAAGUAACUGAUAAAGAAAAGAAAGAAACAUAGAAAGAGAGCCAAGAUAACUUACCCAUACAUUAAAAAAAACAGGAUUCUCAAAUUAAAAAAAAAAACCUAACCAAGAUUCUCAUAAUACAAGUAAAAACCAAUCUUCUCAACACUAGCAUAAUAUCAACCCAAAUAUAAACACUUCUACAAAAUUUUGACACAUAUGAAGACAGCUUUCAUGACAGGGAAGGAUCUAAAACUAAGGAGUAGAACUGAAGGAGAGGAAGAAAGGAAGGAAGUGAAAGGGAGAGAAAAAGGAGGGAAAGAUUAGAAGUGAAGGAGAGGAAGAAAAGAGGAGGAGAGGAGAGAGAGAUUAGAAGUGGAGGAGAGGGAGAAAGAAAGGAAUAAGAGUGAUAGGAAAGGAGGAAAAGAUUAGAAGUGAAGGAGAAGAAGAAAGGAAGGAAGAAGAGUGAAAGGGCAAGGAAAGGAGGGAAAGAUGAAGUUAAAGAGGUAGAAGUGAAGGAGAGAAUGGAAUAAAGAGUGGAGAAGAAAGGAGAGGAAACAGUGAAGGAGAAAGGGAAGGAGAGAAAGACACAAAAUUAAGCAGUGAAGGAAGGGAAAUAUGAAGUAGAAAGAGAGGAGGAGGAGGAGAGAAAAAUUAAAGUGUAGGAGAGAAAGAAAAAGAGGGAAUAACAAAAAUGAAGUAGAAAAAGUGAAAGUGAAGAAAAGGAUGAAGAGGAAUGGAGAGGAAGGCAAGAAUAGAAACAAAUGAAGAAGGGAAGAAAAAGUGGGAGAGGAGAGAGGAAGGGAGGGGGGAGGGGAUGGGAUGGGAUUACAAGCCUUAGGGCAGGUCAGACUGGCCACACCUUCGCCUUGGUCACAAUCCAGCACACUUCACAAAUAGAGGAACAAAAACACAACCAGUAUAACGAACGGUAGACUAUUAACCUAACCUGCCUUGUCGCGACCACUUAAACCUUUAAUUAACUUCGGAGCUUGCUAGACUCUUUGGCGUCGUCGUUUAAUAGACCAGUUCUCACAGUCGUUUGUACUCUAGUGGUAAAGUAUUGUAUAAUAAUUUCCUUUCCAUUUGAGUGUAUCAUAUUGCCAUCUCAUUCAUAAGGCUGAGAAUCGAGGGCAGAUCCAUUUCCCUUGGUCCUUAUGGCGUCUUGAUUCACGAGCACAAAAUUGUCAUUCAUCUAUUUUCUGCGGCGCCUUGAGGUUAAAAUUCCAUCAUUCACUUGUUUCUGUGUCAUGGAAAGGUUGAAACUGCAUCAUUCAUCCAUUUCUUCGUUACCAGAAAGUUGGAAUUGCAUCAGUCAUCCAUUUGUGUCACCGGAGUUGACACAGAUCGCAUAUCUUGCAUAUCUCAUCCGCCACUUGCCAUUCAACACAUUCAUAAGCAGACACGGCAUUAGCUAGCUUGUCUCUUGCCAUAGCCCUAACAAAACAAGCCUUGCGUCCCUGUGUGCAGUGGGAGGAAGGGCAAGGCUAGCACAGGUCCCUAAGAAAGCAUUACAUCCCUGUGUUUCAGUGGGGAAAAGGAGGAACAAGGGGAAACACAGGUCCCUAAAGAAAGCCUCAUUUCCGUGUUCACUGGGAGGAGGGCCAAGGCUAGCACAGGUCCCUAAGAAAGGAUUACAUCACUGUGUUUCAUUGGGGAAAAGGAGAGGCAAGGCUAGCACAGGUCCCUUCAACAAAACAGGCAAACACAGGGUCCUCCAGUCAGCUUGGGGGAUGUGGUAGUUUAGAUAGAUAUACCAUGGAUGUGUGGCCUUAAAUAGCUUGGUAGGGGCUUGGUGGGGCUCAGGGUGCUGCUAUAGCCUUGUAGUUUGCUGUGCUGCUUGGCCUAAGUCGGGGAACUGCUGUGUGGCAAGGAGUCGAGGAGGACUGAUGGUGUUCAUUUGUGGGAUAAGUUGAAUAAUUUGUGUGUUUAGAAGCACAAAGAGAUGAGAUAAAGAUAAUGCAUGUUAUUCAUAUUAAGUGCAAAAUGUUGAAGGAUCACCACGUUUAAUCAAGUUUAUUGGGAAGGUAAGGUGUUUUUGCCAUGCCAAGUGUUCAUUGAAGGAAUCUCAUUAGUGUUAAGUGCCACACACAAACAAAGGCUUUACAACUUUGUAUUCCAGGCUAAGAGAAACAAGCUUUAUAAUUUUGUAUCUCGAGAUGUAACACAAGAAACAAGCUUUAUUUCUUUAUAUCCCAAGCUUGUACUGAAAGAAACAGGCUUUAUAACUAUCUCAAGCCUGUACUGAGAGAAAUAAGCUUUAUUUCUUUAUAUCCCAAGUUUGUACUGAAAGAAACAGGCUUUAGUUUUCACAUGCAUUAAGAAAAUUGGCUCUUUUUUGCAACCUACAUAAAGAAAAGAGGAAGAGAAGCAGCCAGAUUAGCUGUAUGUUCUCCUCACCAGAAUUCUGCAGAAGUGAGGUUCUCCUUGCCACACACAGGGACAGAAGUCAAGGCUUUCUACCACAAUAUAUAAUAACAGGUGUAGACUAGUUUCCUAUAUACUGUAGCUUUGGUAUUGAUGUCCUAUGAACACACAGGUUUAUAUCAAGUCUCGUGCAAUCUCGUGUAAUGCAACAUGGGCAGCAGACUGUGAAGUUUCUGUAAGGAAUGCACAAAGGUUUUUUUUUUUUUUUCUGAUUCCAUGACAGACCUUAAAAUAGGUUUAGAGGAAAGAAAUGUCCUUAAUUUAAUCCAGGUUUUGAAUUUUCUGGUUAAUUGUUGGUUAUUUCAUAGUUUAAAUAAGAAGGUUUGGCAUAAAGGAAACAAUCCGGUGCUAGUUAGAAUUGAGGCUAAAAAUGUAAUAAUCUUAGGUGUGGUUUUAGUUUUACAUGGCAGCGUUAUUAGGCCAAACAAACCCCAGGAAAAACAAGUGUUGAUUUACGUGAGUUUAGGCGCGUGAAGGACACAUGAGAGGGAACUGGGUGCUAAUCAGUAUUGUUGUGAUAUUGUAGAAGGGAAAGGUAAGCCACUGGAAUUGUACAAGAGAAGGAACCACUGAUAUUAUUGGAGACUGCAGGAGUGAGUUAGAGAAGUGAGUGAGAGGUGAACCUAUUAAAUCCCUCCAUUAGAGUAGUGUAGUAAUGAUAAGUUGUAAUGCGCCACGCACACGUCUGUCCUUGUCCUUCAUGCACACUGGCAAGCCGCCCGUCACUGUCUGUGGGUGUGGCAUUUCUCGGCGCUUGCUGGGGGCUCCGCUGAAGUGUCUGGGAAAGGUAACAGCAAUUCGUGCUUAGAACAAAACUCCUUGUAUUUUUAGUGGUUCUGAAAAAAAAUCUCUAUUUUGUGAAACUUCUUGUGUUCAUUUGUAUUCCUUGUCAGUUUUCUUCAGGUUCAACAACUCCCUCUUAGAAUAAAACUUUGUAUUUUUAGCGCUUCACAAAAAUAAUCUCACGUUUUGUACUUUUGGACACAUUAUUUUGUAUUCAUUUGUAUUCCACUCACAUGUCAGCUCUCUUUAGCUUCUGUAUGUAGAUGUAAUUUUACUUUCACUUUCUCACAGAUUUUUGCAGGAAACGAGUGACUUAAAACUUUACACGCACUGUCGUGUCCGCUUCACCGUCGCUUGAGUCGGUUCACGCAUCAUGGGAGCUCUAAGAUAAGUCAUACUGGUGCCAAGGUUGAUUCACAGUAUGUAGGUGAUUUGCAAACCAUAGGAUCUUUGUUUGAUAGACGGUAGACUUGCUUGUUUGGUGAUAUUAAUAUAAACAAGUUAUUAACAGAUCAUAUUCUGAAAUAUUUCUGCUUCACACCUCCACUACUUUCAAAAGGCAACGUAAUUCAAGUUACAUGGGUUUUUAGUGGUGUUUUUUUAUGGUUCUAGUGACAGACUGACAAGAUUUCUUCACUGGUAACAGGAGAAACACUCUUGAGAACCCGGCAAAUCACCUGUGUAGCCUUUGAAAGUGGUCAUGUAGAGGGAGCAGAGCGUUUCAGAAUGUGAGGUUCUGGAGGACUAUAUUCUGAAACAUUUCUGUGCUGUACCACCACUACUUUCAAAAGACUCUAUGUAGUUGAAGUUACACAGGUUUUCAAAGAUGUUUUUAUGGUUUUAGUGACAGAUUGACAAUUUCUUCACUGGUAACAGAAAAAACACUGAUGAGAACCCAGCAAGUCAUAUCUGUGGCAUUUGAAAGUAGUUGCGUUUAGAGAGCAGUGUGUUUCAAAAUACUGUACCAACUUCUCAAGACUGGUGAUGGUGGACUGGAAGACACCACAAAGGAGGGAGAGAACAGCUGUGAGUGUAGGGAAGACAGCUGGAGGUGAUAAAUCAGAUGCAUAUUGUUUGUUGCAGCUGUUGUGUGUGUGUGUCUGUUACAUUAAGGCUCUAAAAGGUUGUUAAUUGCCUGCCAGGAAGGGAACGUGAUCUGAUGUGUUUACUGUUAGGGAUUUGAACGUGAUCUGAGUCCAUAAAUGCACUGACUGAU